GUUUUACUCAUCUCCAUCAGCACCUACUUCCUGCACAGCCUCAAUGAUCGCGUAUUACGUCGAUUCUUUGUGGUCAGUCUUUUGCAGCAAAUGCUUUAUGGACCGUUGAUCUUAUGCGCCAACGAGCAUCAUUCAUAUUCUUGGUCUUUUUCACUGUCAGAGCACUCCAUACCGCCCUAUAUCUGGUAGAUCAGUUUACCGAAAGCCAACGGCAUGAAUGACUCCGUGAGAUGGACGACGAUGGAGCACAUCAGCACGUGGCUGGCCCUCAACGGAGGACAUACGUACGCUCUAGUCGACGGCAGAAGCAGCAACAGCUUUGUGAAGUCACACUACGGUAAUACCUCCGACGUUUAUCACACGUAUGAUCAACUGGGCAAUGCUGGUAUGGGAUCUAGUCUGCUUCGAUAUCUCCUCCUGGAAGCUGGAGGCGGAAUCUAUGCCGAUUUAGAUACUAUCGCCCUGAAGCCAAUUGAUACAUGGGUUCCAGGCCACCUGCGGAGUCAUGUCCGCUUAGUUGUCGGCAUCAUAUACGAUCAGCAAGACCAUGCGCCACAAAAAGACAAAGCUUACCCGUUGCAGUUUGCCCAUUCCACAAUUGCUGCUGCACCUGGGCAUCCGGUUAUCCACAACAUGAUAUCCCAGGUGGUCACGUCCAUGAGGCGUCCUACGGCUCAAGACGGAGUCGACGAGGCAAAAGACAGGCAUAGCAACCUCGAUAUCUCGUAUAUCACCGGUUCCGCAGUGUGGACCAAAGUCUUAUUUGACUACUUGGAAUCUAGCAACUCAGACUUGACGGACAUUAUGAGUUUCUCAUAUUUGGAAAGACCGACAUUGUGUGUGGAUGUGCUCAUAUUGCCCAUCGACGGCUUUGGCAUGGGUCAGAACCAUUCGGGGAGCACCAAUAAUGGGCAGAUUCCAGACAAUGCACUUGCAAGCCGCUUGAUACCCGGCUGACCGAUCCUCGAGUCUUGAGGUGUGAUCGAUGGCUGUCAUUAAAGGAGGAACUAAGAAGAUGACGUGCGUAGUAGCAAACGGCUUAGACCAGCUUGAAAGAGCUCAUACAGGGGGCCAUAUCUUUUUACAUUCUGCAGCGACACAAUAUGACAUUUCUGUCGUCGUCA